AGGUGUUGGGGCUAUAAUAACCUGGCAUUAAAGCACUGGUGAAGGGACGCCGCCUCUUAUUGUUCAGCUGACGCCGCUAUGUCAACACUAGUAUUCCUGCUGUCUCUGUUGGCCCUCGGGUCGGGUGCUCCUGGGGUCAAGGAGGUGGUUGAGUCGCUGAAGGUAGACAAUGGACUGGGUAGAGGCAAAUGGGGGUCCGUGGAUCUCUGUCCUUCAGGAUCUUACGUCUUCGCUUUUGAGAUCAAGUUCGAACCGGCCGGACAUGUUGACGAGACGGCGAUGAAUGGUAUCAAGAUGUAUUGUAAGGACGUUACUGGUACCCUUACUGGCUAUACUAUAAGCAGUGAGGGCGUGGAGGGCGAGUGGCAAGGCCUAAGAAGCUGCAACAAGGGCGAAUACCUACAGAGUCUAAGAGGGAAUGUGAUGCCAGAACAAGGUACUUUCCAUGAUGAUCUAGGCAUGUAUAACUUCCAGAUGAACUGCUCAGACGGCCAGACCCUCGAUGGACUCAACGACACCUACCACCCACCUGCCCAGGAGAAGAACGAGAUAAAGAGAGAGAUACUGACAGUUGACGGUCGAGAGAUGGAAGCCAUAUUCCUCACCACCAAAAUCACAGCAGAUGACGGAGUGUGGAGCUCGUGGGCAUCGUGUACAGGAAACAAUAGGAUUUGUGGGCAUCAGAGUCGCGUCCAGACAAACUCCAUUGCUGACGAUGCUGGCCUGUGUGACGUCAUCAUGUUCUGCUGUUCCUUCUAGCUCUUUCUACCAACCUCCUCCUCACCUCACUCCCCCUCCGCUGCUCUACAUGACGUGAUGCCCUCUACCUCGUCAUCACCCCGCUCUACAUGACGUGAUGCCUCCCUACCUCGUCAUCACCCUGCUCUACAUGACGUGAUGCCUCCCUUUAUCUCGUCAUCACCCUGCUCUACAUGGCGUGAUGCCUCCCUACCUCGUCAUCACCCUGCUCUACAUGACGUGAUGCCUCCCUACCCGUCAUCACCCUGCUCUACAUGACGUGAUGCCUCCCUACCUCGUCCGUGUGCUAUCUUAUAGUGAUUGUU